UAUACAAAGUCCCCCUUGGCACCUACAUUCUGCACUCCUGGUUUGAAAAUUCCUUCUACAAAGAACAGCACAGCUUUGGUAUCCACAAAUUUUCCAUUACCAGAAACAAACAUUUCAGCAAGUGAUUUGGAAGUUAAAGAUUGUACUUCAUUAGUUUUAAGUUCAGAUGAGUGCUUUGAGAAUUUUACAGAUCCUUCUUCUCCUACAAUUUCUUCUUAUGAAGAUCUGCUCAGAACACCUACACCUCCAGAAGUAACAGUAAUUCCAGAAGACAUACUCCAGAUUUUACCAAAAUACAACUCCAACCUCUCUAUGCCAAUAGCAGUUAAAGCAGUUUCUUCCAGGAAAGGGUUCCUCAGACAUGAAGGACAGAGCAUCCGAGAUGUUGCCAACAAGGAAAACUGGUGA